AUGGCGCAUCUUCAGGGAUAUUCAGCCAUCUUUGAGAACGCGUUAGAUCGAUCAUUCAUUCUUUUUAUCCGAGCCCGUCGACACGGCCCAACCGCCAAAAUGCAGGACAUUCGACUGACAGCCAUUGCGAUGGCCUGUCUUGCGCUAUUCCCAAGCUAUACAACUGCUUUCUGGCGUCUUCCUUGCCGUGGAAGAUCUGGUCUCGCCCGGAUCGACCCUAUUGUCGAGCCGGGUAAGGCCUCAUCUCACGCUCACGCAGUCCAUGGAGCCGGAGGCUUUGGCAUGGGUUCCAGUCAGAGCGAGCUGCUCGAGUCUGAUUGCACCUCGUGCGCAGUGACUGAAGACAAGUCUGCGUACUGGGCUCCCGCUUUGUACUUUAUGCACACCAACGGCAGUGCCCAGGUGGUUGAUGAAGUUGGAGGCAUGCUUGCCUACUACCUUCUGUAUGGAAAGGAUAUCAAGGCUUUCCCAGAUGACUUCCGUAUGCUGGCAGGCGACCCCUUCCUGCGCAAUUUCACCUGGCCAUCCGAGUGGACUGGUGAUCAGGCCUCCCAGGCCGCUUUGCGCCAGAAGGCUAUUGGCUUCAACUGCCUGAACUAUGAGAAGACCCCAGAGGACUCCCUCCAUCGCCACCACAUGCCCGACAAGGAGUACCUUGACGAGCACUGCACCGAUGGAAUCCGAUUCGAGCUGAUGUUCCCAUCUUGCUGGAACGGUAAGGACUCCGACUCCCAUGAUCACAAGUCCCAUGUCGCAUACCCGUCCCUCGUCAUGGAUGGUACCUGCCCCGAGGGCUUCGAAACUCGCCUGGUAUCGCUCUUCUACGAGACUAUUUGGGACACAUACGCCUUCAAGGGCGUCGAUGGAUACUUCGCGCUUGCUAACGGUGAUCCCACCGGAUACGGCUACCAUGGUGAUUUCAUGCACGGUUGGGAGGACGGUGUGCUGCAGGAGGCCAUUGAAACCUGCACCAGCGAGUCCGGCGUUAUCGAGGAGUGCGAUGUUUUCACCAUUCAGACGGAAGAUGAACAGCGCCAGUGUCAGUUCUCCAUUCCAUCUGAGCUCAAGCAAGAAAAUUGCCACAUGCACGAUGACGGAUUGCCCGGCGGCAUGUCUAUCCAGUGGGGCCCAGAGCGUGCCGUCAUGAAGGGCCACGCUACAACCACCGCCAAUGUGAUCUCGCUUCCCACCAUUUCCAUUGGUGAUAUUUCGAUCGAUCCCAACACUUGGUUUGACCACCAUGCGACCAGCACUGCCGAAGCUACUACUUCGUUCACUUCCACUUCGACUCCCACGCCAACCCCGACCGCCGUCACAUCUACUGUGGUCGAUCCCAUCACAGAAGAGAUUAUCUAUCUCCAACGUGAUGUCGUUGUCCUCUGUGAUGAAAACGGCGACACUUUCUCAACUAGCACUGGCCCUCUCCGCACUGUCUCCUCUACCAUUACCACCAUCAAGGAAACCUCUACGGCCGUUUCCUACGUGAAGAAGGACACUGUUCCAGAACCGGUGCAGGCUGCUGGCCACGCCCGCAGACAUCUUCACCACCGCCACGGUCACGGACACAACUUGGUUUAA